AUGAACGAACUAGCCGCAAACCUUACCGCAUUACGGAUCGGCCGACGAACCCAUGUUGGUUUUGGUGACGAAACACCUACUGAGAUUCCGUUCUGCCCACCGUCAGGCAACCUCGCAACGAAAUUGGAAAACACUCCUCGUUAUCUCUUUCGUGUUUAUUCAGAUGCGUCUGCCGGAAACAAUAGCAGCGAAUGGUUCAAAUCUAUUGAUGCCUUGGAAAACAAUCUGACGGACAUUUUUGCACGAGAUAAUGCUGCAAAUAUCGCUAUAGCCCUCAAUGAGCAUCUUCGAUGGGAGCCGAAAUCAUAUGGAGACCCUUUCAUAUCCUGGACAACUUCGCUCCUCGUCGCGAUUCAAUACGCUAUCUAUAAGCAUAAGGCGGAAGGUGCCGAGCUGGAGGCAAUUCACCUCUGCAUUAUCGAUACCACUAUGUUCCCAAAGGGGGUGUUCAUACGAGACCUCGACCUAAUGGAGGAAUUCUAUGACAAAGUCCCCAGGGGUCAAUCGAUCAUGGUUAAAGGUGAAGGGAAAACCUGGGAAGCGAGAGGACUCGGCGACUUCCGUCACUUCAGAAACAAGCCACAUAAGACCUACUCUGGCGUUUAUUACUUCGGCGAGUUCCUCUCACAAGGACAGAUAAACAUUAUAGAUCGUUCAUCCACGGUGACGUGCGACAAAAUUAUCAAUAAUGCUUUGUUCACUCUGCUACCUCAAUUCCAGGUGGAACUAGAGGGUAGUAAAGUACGAUGGGCAGAAGCAGUAGUUGAGUCUCGAGAGUCGUUCUAUAUGGGUAUUGAGCCGGAGGAAACAAGUGCCUCCGAAUUCGUGGCGGCUACGACGUUAGCAUUGCAAUUUCGGAGUGUGUGGUUUCUGCCUGUGCUAGCUAAUCUGCUGGCUCUGCGUCCUCGCGCAGCGCAAGACCCGGGGAUUCUGGACCGUAUCUCAGGCUUCUAUUCAGAUGAGUUGAGGUAUAGCUUGUCGUCCAAAGACAUAAAAAUUGUGGCCAAUAAGACCAUCCCAGAGGUCUUGCAAUUUGGGAAGAUUGUUCAUGAUAUUAAUGAAGCUUUUUGGGGAGAGUCUGCCCAUAACUUAUUAAGAUCCGUGGAAGAGACUGCAGGUAUUAUCCGCCGCUUUGUGACGAGCUCUGGGACCACUGGAACUUCUAGGCUGCUGGGUAAGAGCAAUCCAGCAGGUGAUCUCUACACGAUAGAGGGUAAGCGUCUGCAACCACUUAUGCAGCUGUUGGAAACGCUGAAUUGCAUUAUGCAAGAUCUUGAAGAAGGGACAACUUCUACGUAA